AAUAAUUAUUUAAUUUUGCCGCAUUGCGGUAAAGUGUCCCGUGCUCGUCUUCUGAUUUUCCUUAUAUUUUUUAUUUUUAAAAUGAUUAAUUCAACAACAAAUGAAAUUGUUAGUAAUGAUGGUGGAAAUUUGGAAUUAUUAAACCUUAAAAAUGAGGAGAAUAAUGUUGAUAUUUAUUUGGAAAUGCUUAAAAAUAAAUUCUCUGAUCCAACAUUUUUGAUUGGACUAGAACAUUUUUUAGGUAAUUAUUCUAUACCUGGUGGCAGUCAACUCGUUCGAGAAUCAAUCUCUCACCACCUACGUCGACUCUUUGGUGUUUCUCUUCGUUGGGAAGAACUUUUUUUGGUUAAUAAUGAAUUGGCGGCUCUUGAGGUGUUCGUAAAUACUUUUUGUUUGAAUGGAGAUUUAAUUCUCUGUCCAGCACCUUUUGCCUACCCAGAACUGUCAAAAAAUAUUAGAACACAAACUCAAAUAGAGUUUUGGCCAAUUCCCCUUACAACUAAUGGUAAACAAUUGGAAAUGGAUGAUUUAAUAAAUACAUAUCAAAAAAUUGAGGAAAAAGGUAGACGAGCACGGGCUCUUCUUUUGCAUAAUCCACAUCCAAUUCUCGGUUCUCUCCAAGAUGGAGAUAGAAGAAUUGCUAAAUUGCAUUUUUCACUUCCCGGAUUGGAAUUUUCUGUUAUUUAUUACCCCCACCAAUCUGAUAUAUUUUUAAAUCCUUCAAUUGCUCAUUACCAACAAUGUUCCCCUUUAGUACAAUUUUUUGCUUCUAAACUUUUGGAUGAUUUUGAAUGGACAUCAAAACUUUUUGAAAAAAGAAAAUUUAGACUUGAAACCCUUUCUUCACAAAUGUUGAAUGAACUUAAAAAUAUAAAUAUUUAUUCAAAUCAAAUAUUAAAAACAGAAAGGCCAAUAACCCAAUGGAUAUUAAUUGACUUAUUUAAAUUUUUGCCGUUAAUUAAUGGAAAUAUUUCUUUUGUUUCUGAAAAAGAACUUUAUAAAGAAUUUAAACAAAUUGGAAAAAUUGAAUUAAUUUGUGGUGAAGAAUUGGGAAUGGAAAGGCCUGGAUGGUUUCGAUUAAGAUAUUUACCUAAUGUUAUUGAACGAUUAAAAAAUAUUCUUGAAAAUAAAUUAAUGCCUUUAAAUAAUCAAACAGAAAUUGUAGAUAUAAAUGAAUUGGGAUGUAAAUAUGGGGGAGGUAUUAAUUUAUUUCCUGAAAAUGAAAUUGAAGAAGAAGAAAAAUUAAAAGAAGAAAUUUGGGGGAAAAUUGAAGGGGAGAAGGAGAAGGAAGAAGAAAUUGGGAGAAGAAUUUGGGAUAUAAGUGAAGGAGAUGAAAACGAAGAAGGAUAUAAAGAAAGGGAAGAGGAAAAGGAAGAAGACGAAGUUCUUAGCAAAGUUUUCUCAAUUUUCCCAGAAAGACAUUGGGAAAAGCAAUUAAAUAAUUUAACAAAAACUGAGAUUGUGGAUGUUGAUAAAUUAAAAGAAAAACAAAACUUUCAAGAAAACUCAAUAAAUUUAAAUAUUUCCCAACAAAUUCCUUCAACAGAUUUAAGUUUCAUAGAAGAAUUAAUUAAAAGUAGUAAAAGAGAAGAGAAGGAAGAAAAAAUAAUUAGUAGUAAAUGGAAAUAUUGUGAAGAAGAAGAAUUUUAUGAAGAAGCUUUUACAGAAGAUGUUGAAAAUUUUGAAGAAAUAAUUCAAUCACCACAAACUUUUUUAAUUUCUCCAAACAAAACAUUAGAAUAUUCUCCUUUGAGUGUUACUGUGCCUGAUAGACCUAAAAUUAAUUUUUUUGAAAAAGAAGAGAAUAUUUUGGAUGAUAGUAGUGAUUCUAAAAGAAUUAUUGAAAUUAUUGACCAAAUAUUUAGAGAUGCCGUUGAAAUUAAAGAUUUUUCUUCUUCCUCAACAGAAUCACAUCCAAACAAUGCAAUACCUCAACACGACAGGCAUUGGUCUGAUUCUGGACUUGCUGCUGAAUCUCCCCCAGAUUUUUCUUCUUUAUCUCCCCCACCCCCAAAUAAACAAGAAAAAUCUUCGACUGUUGGAAUUCAACUUCCUUUUGAAGAAUUAACACCCGAAUAUAGUAGAAGGCGUUUAAUUGGUCCGAAUGAUCAAAUGUUAGACGAUUCUGGAAUUUUUGUAGAAUUACAGCCGGGGACUUUAAGUAUUGACUUUCCUUUAUUAGUCCCAAUUGAUAAAUUAAAUAAAGUAGAAGAAAUAUCUGAGUCAAUUUUACCCUCAAAAAAUAUUUCUUCAAUAAAUUUACAUUUAAAUAAAGAAUUAAUUAAUAACAAUAAUAUACCAAUAAUGACAAUAGAUUUACCGUUUAAAUCUGUGGAAGAAGAAAUUGUUGGUUGGAAACCUUUAGAAAAUUUAAAAGAAGAAAAUGAGAAUAAAGAAUUGCUUAAACCUUUAAUUAAUGAAAAAAGAAAAUUAAGUGCAACAGAUUGGUAUAAACGUUUUGGGGAUGAGGAAGAAGAUGAAAAAGAAGAGGACGAAGAAAUUAAUAAAAAAAUAAUUUUGGACCCCUCAGAUAUAGCGGCAUUAAUUAAUGAAGGGGCAGAAUUUUGUCCUAUUAUUAAAAAAGAGCAGAAAGAAGAGGAGGGAGAGAAUAUUAAAUCAAAAAAUGAAGUACUUGAUUGGAAACCUCUUGAACAAAUAAAUAUUUUAAUUGAGGAAAAGAAGGAACAAGAAAUUAAUGAAGAAUAUUUAGUAAAUGAUAAUCUAGACAAUAAUAAUAUAUUUAAAGAAUCAAAAGAUAGUAGUUUAUUUAAUUCAUUAAAUGAUCAAUUACCUAUUAUUUCUUCUAGAAAAAGUACAAAAUCAGAAGCAUUAGAUAUUGUUUCUGAAUGGAAUAAUAAAUUAAUAAAGAAAAAAGUUGAAGAAAAUUUUGAAGAAAAUAAGGAAGAAGAAAAGGUAAAUAUCGAUAUUCAUUUAAAUGGAGAUAGUUGGCAGGCUAAUUCGAAAGUGUUAAUUUUGCCUUUAACAAAAUUAGAAAAAGCAGAAUUUAAUAUUAAAAAUAAAGUAAGUAAAGAUAUAAGUAAAUAUUUAUUUUUUUAG